AUGCAGGCUUCCUGUACAUCAAAGGUUGCCACCGCGACCGUGCCGGCCCAACGGCGCAUCAUCUCUCUACUCAUCCCUUCACCCGCCAAUCUCACGUCCCAUGUCCUGCAUGCCACCGGGAGUGAUGCUGUCGAGGUCGACAUUGAGGAGGAUACGAUGGAACGCAUGGAGAAGACGAUGGAGGCCACUCGGCGCAGCUUCGGCACCGUCCGCACCGGCCGUGCCAAUCCAGCCGCCCUGGACCGGGUCAUGGUGGACUACUACGGCGCGCCGACCCCGCUCCGCCAGCUGGCAGGCAUCAGCGCCCCCGAGGCCUCCCUGCUGGUCGUCCAACCUUACGACACCUCCGCCAUUGCAGUGAUCGAGAAGGCCAUCAUGCAGUCUGACCUGGGCCUCACCCCCAACAACAACGGCCGCCUCAUCCGGCUCCAGAUCCCGGCGCUCACCUCGGACCGGCGCAAGGAGAUGACCAAAAUUGUUGCCAAGCUGGCCGAGGAAGGCAAGGUGGCCAUAAGGAAUGUGAGGCGCGACUCGAUGAAGGCCAUAGAGAAGCGUGAGAAAGAAAGUGCAAUCGGCGAGGACGAGCGCAAGGACCUGGAGGAUGCCGUGCAGGAGCUGACGAACGAGUACGUCGCCAGCAUCGACGCGCUGGCCAAGUCCAAGAACGAGGAGCUGACCACGGUGUAG